ACUAUUUAUUCAGUUUCCUCUGGAUCUACUGGAUCAACAUAUGUCCCUAGCAGUGAUGAUAAUAGUAGUUCUAAAUUUUCUGAUGAUGAAAAGGAAAACAAAAUUUCAAAGAAACAUGAGCAAACCAAAGGAGCAGCUGGUCUUGGUAAAAUUGACUUUGGAUUGGAGGAGGGUUCU